UCCUUUAGAUUCCUCAAACCAAAACGAAAACCAAACCAAGUCCUCUUUCGCAUAUUCGUUCAUUCAUAUUUCAUUUCGUACCAGUUUUUUCCUUCUUUUUUCUUUUUUAAUUGGCGAAGAUAUUUAUACGAAGAUUAUUAUGGAGAAUUCUCUAAGCUUGACCGGAUUGUUGAAGAAGACGGCUUCGCAAUUCCCCGAUCGUCGCGCGAUUUCCGCUUCUGGAAAGUUCGAUUUGACACAUGCCAGAUUGCAAGACCUCGUCGAUCACGCCGCUUCUCUCUUGCUCGCCGCCGGCAUCGGCCACAACGACGUCGUUGCUCUCACCUUCCCCAACACCGUUGAGUAUGUCGUGAUGUUCUUGGCCGUGAUUAGAUGCCGAGCCGUGGCGGCGCCGCUGAACUCGGCUUACACCGCCGAGGAAUUCGAGUUCUACCUCUCCGACUCGGAAUCGAAGCUCCUCAUCACGCCGCCGGAGGGGAAUCCGGCGGCGGAGUCCGCCGCCCUUAAACCUCGCGUGACCGCCGCGCUCGCCGGCGCUGACUGCCUUGUGGCGCUUUCCCCGGCGAUCGGUGAGCCGAGCCUCGAGGCCGUCGCGAAACUCGUUAAUGACCCGUCCGACGUGGCGCUCUUCCUUCACACCUCUGGAACGACGAGUCGUCCGAAGGGAGUGCCUCUAACGCAGCUCAAUCUGGCGUCGUCUGUCAAGAACAUCAAAUCGGUCUACAAACUCACCGAGUCCGACUCGACGGUGAUCGUCCUCCCGUUGUUCCACGUCCACGGGCUGAUCGCCGCGCUGCUGAGUUCUCUCGUCGCCGGAGCCGCCGUGGCUCUCCCCGCAGCCGGGAGAUUCUCCGCCUCGACGUUCUGGUCCGACAUGAAAGCCUACAACGCCACGUGGUACACCGCGGUCCCUACGAUCCACCAGAUCAUCCUCGACCGCCACGUCAGCAAGCCGGAGCUGGAUUACCCGAAGCUGCGGUUCAUCCGGAGCUGCAGCGCGUCGCUGGCGCCGGCGAUCCUCUCUCGGCUGGAGGAGUCGUUCGGCGCGCCGGUCCUGGAGGCUUACGCGAUGACGGAGGCGUCUCACCUCAUGGCUUCCAACCCGCUUCCCGAGGACGGCGAGCACAAAGCCGGCUCGGUGGGGAAGCCGGUGGGGCAGGAGAUGGCGAUCUUGGACGAGAACGGCUCGGCUCAGAAGCCGGGCGUCAGCGGCGAGGUUUGCAUAAGUGGACAAAACGUGACAAAAGGUUACAAAAACAAUCCCGAGGCCAACAAAUUGGGGUUCAAAUUCGGCUGGUUUCACACCGGUGAUGUUGGCUUUCUUGAUGAAGAUGGUUAUUUGCAUCUCGUUGGUCGAAUUAAGGAGCUUAUUAAUCGUGGAGGGGAAAAAAUAUCACCAAUUGAAGCAGAUGCUGUGCUUUUAUCUCAUCCUGACAUUGCUCAAGCGGUCGCUUUUGGUGUCCCUGAUGACAAAUAUGGUGAAGAGAUAAAUUGUGCUGUAAUUCCAAGGGAAGCAGCAGACAUAGACGAGGCGGAGGUGUUGAGGUUUUGCAAGAAAAACCUCGCGGGUUUCAAGGUUCCAAAGAAGGUCUUCAUCCCUGGCGCGCUUCCCAAGACUGCCACAGGGAAGAUCCAGCGUCGGAUUGUGGCAGAGCAUUUCCUUGCUCAAAUCUCCACCGCCAAAGUCCCAAAGUUUGGUGCUUAAUCUUUGAAACUUUCUCGGAGUUUUUCCCACCAAACACUUCAAUUUGUUCUCUAUCAUUGACACUAUUGAGAUGAUGAGACAGCAAGUUUCCAAUGCUCUCUAUCUCUUAACAUUUCUACAGUGAGCAUGUUUGGAAUGGGUCCCAGAGAAUAAUUAUUUUAUUUGUAAAACAAGACAAGUUUAGCUGUCAAUUUUUUUGUGGGUAAUAAUACAAUUGGGCAUCGGCUAUGUUUGGCAUUAUUAUUAACAUUGGGUGUUAGACACGUUGACACUUUUUUUUUUUCUUUUUUUUCCUUGUCACCUUUUAACAUAAGAGGACCUAGACAGAAGAUAACUUGGAUAUUGCUAUAAAUGUUACAAUCAUACCUGCUUUGAAAAGAUCGGUCACGCCUCUAGUAUAGUUCUUUUUCGAUUGGUGUCAAUCUUUCUUUGCUAACUGGCAAUAAUGUAGUGUAACUUGGCAAUAAUGCAAGGACUUUGCUUGGACUGUUA